AUGGAAAAAGAAGUGAGUCGAGUUCCAGUGUUUGUUUGGCUGUACUUCUUGUGUGUGAAAAUGCCUGCAAGUAAUAGCUUUUGGUCCAAUGGGGAGCUUCAAACGUUCCUCACCAUCAUCGGAGAUAGCAACAUUCAGGCCGAGCUGGAUGGGAUGAUAAGAAAUGAGAAAGUCUUCAAAGAAGUUUCUCAGCGCAUGGCAGCUGAAGGAUUCCAGCGCACCUCCGAGCAGUGUCGUGCUAAGCUGAAAAAAAUAAAAGCCCACUACAGAAAAGUUAAGGACAGCAACGGCCGUAGUGGGAAUGGGCGAAGUACAUGGAAGUGGUACGAUGUGGUGGACGCUAUUUAUGGACACAGACCGUCAAACCGAGGCAGCGAAGGAGGCCUGGACUCAGCGACCAGUAUCCUGGAGUCACUCAUAAACCCUGUUGACACAUCUGAAGCGGAAAACACUCCCUCUUCAGAGGAACCAUCCACUUCCUCAAGUAGCACUCCAGGACCUUCUGUGCCACCAUCACCUCUGUCCGUACCUUCUGUGCCACCAUCGCCUCGGCCAGUUCCAUCGCCACCACCAUCACCUCUGUCCACUACCACUCGAGAGGAACAUCUACCAUGUUGUCGACGCACAGGUAGUGUCUGACCAUUCUAAAAAUUG